AGGAAACUGCUCUUACRGAAAGAGACAUUUCGGCUCUGUGGCAGCAUGACUUCUGUUAGCAUCAGAGCCAAUAUGGCGCCGAUAGUUAUCCGUCAACAACUAUUUAGGAGGGAGAAAGAGCUAUCCAAUAAAAGACGUCGAGAGACGAAAUGAUAGAGGAAAUAACAUUCACACGCCUGUGUACUCCGGGCACUUGUUUUGUCGUAGCAACAUUAAACAUCUGUGACCUUUUAGUUAGUCUGAAACAGAAGCAAGCAAUGCACUUAGCUUAGCUGUUAGCCGCCAAGAUUUUGCUACGGUAUAUUUUAAGUAAGGAUGGCACAGUGGGACAAACUGAGGCAGAUGCCUGUUGGUUACCAACAGCAGCUGCAUGAGCUUUAUGACAGAGAUGGUUUGCCUAUGGAUGUUCGGCAUUACCUUUCUGCGUGGAUAGAAAAGCAGGAGUGGAAGCGAGCAGCUCGGGACUACGACUUGGCUAUGGUGCUGUUUCAGGUCCUGCUGGAGAAUUUGGAUAUCCAACACAGUCGCUUUGUUCAGGAGGAGUUGUUUUUACAACAGCACAAUAUCAGGCGUUAUAAACAGAACUUCCAGAGGUAUCAAGAUGAGCCGUGCGAUUUGGCAGGGACAAUCCUGUGGUUCUUGGAGAAAGAGAAGGAAAUCUUGGACAGAGCUGAACUGGAUCAACAGGUGCAGCUUUUGAAUGUUGAGCAGGAAGCCAUGGAGACGAGCUGUCAGCAGGAUCUUGAACGUAAAAUGGCUGGCCUAAGGAAUGAUGUGCAGUGUUUGGAACAUACUAUAAUUUGUUUGGAAGAGCAGCAAGAUGAGUUUGAUUUUAAGUAUCAAACCCACAAAAUGGAAGCUGUUGUAGACGAGGCAUUGAAGAAGAAGCAGCUUCAAGUUCUUCAGAUGCUUGUCAACAAUUUGAAUGAGUGUAGAAAGAGCACCUUGUCAGACAUAAAAAAGCUUCUGGAUCGGGCUGAAGAUCUGAUCAACCUGCUGGUGAACAAAGAGCUGGUGGACUGGCAGCGGAGGCAACAGAAAGCCUGCAUCGGUGCUCCGGACGAUGUUUGCUUGRAUCAGCUGGAGAAGUGGUUCACCUGCGUGACAGUGUGUCUAUUCCAGGUGUGUGAGUUUCUGAAUAAACUAGAGGAGCUUGUAGGGAAGAUGUCCUACGACAAUGAUCCCGUGAAGGCCCAGAAACCUGCACUGAAGAAAAGAGCAGACACUCUUCUUGAAAGCUUACUCAAGAGUUCCUUCGUGGUUGAAACUCAGCCGUCCAUGCCUCAAGGGAAAGGACCUCUAGUUCUGCGCACAAAUGUCCAGUUCUCUGUCAAGACCAGACUUCUGGUAAAGUUUCCUGAACUGAACCACUCCAUGAAAGUGGAUGUAUCCAUGAGCAGGGAGGCUCCAAGUAUCAAAGGAUAUCGACGUUUUAACAUCCUGGGAACCAAAACCAAAGCUCUGAACAUGACUGAGAGCCACAGUGGAGGCAUGGUGGCAGACUUCAGACAUCUGACUUUGAAGGAGCAGAAAUCAGGAGGAGGUGGUAAAGGAAUCAGUGAUAUUUCUCUGAGUGUAACAGAAGAGCUGCACAUCAUCUGCUUCAACACCGUAUUUGAGCUAAAAGGUUUCUCAGUAGAGUUGCAGGCCUCCUCCCUUCCUGUGGUCAUUAUCUCCAACUCGAGCCAGCAGCAGAGUGCGUGGGCGUCUAUCCUCUGGUUCAACAUGCUCAGCCAGGAUCCCAAGGACAUCGUGUUUUUUGCUAACGUUCCUGCAGCGCCUUGGCCACAGUUUGGUGAGAUGCUGAGCUGGCAGUUUCUCUCAGCCACUAAACGUGGUCUGGAUGAUGCUCGCCUUCAAAUGAUUGCACUCAAGCUUUUUGUCUCAUCAUGGGUUUUGUGAGCAAAGGCAGAGAGAAGUUACUGCUGAAGAAAAAACAAAGAGGCACAUUCUUGCUACGCUUCAGUGAAAGUGUUGUCGGUGGGAUCACCUUCUCCUGGGUGGAUAUCACCCACACUGGUGAGCCUGACAUAAAGACGGUCCAACCCUUCACCAAAACUGACCUCUCCCAGAUACCAUUCCAUGAAAUCAUCAGGAAUUUCCAGAUCUUAGAAGCUGGCAAUGUGCCUGAAAAUCCUCUUCUUUACCUGUACCCCAACACUCCAAAGGACCAGGCUUUUGGAAAGUACUACUCUGAGAAAACUGGAGAUGACAGUCCUUAUUUAAAAUACAUCAAAACGAAGCUGGUGUUUGUUUCAAAAGAGAAUACACCGGAGGCUAGGUCACCCAUGUCCUGUGACAUGGCACACGGUGAAGGCCUGGAGCCAAACAAUGACCCGUGUGGAGAGGCAGCGGAACAAGAAGUGGAACCUCAACUUCUGCAGCUACAGAUGGAGACRUAUCUCCAUGAUCCCAUGCUGAGUGGCUUAGAUGAACACCAAGAGAACGACUUACUGAUGUGUCUCCACAACACCUUCAACAACCUUGAGGAAACUGAUUUGUACCAAGAAGAAUCAGAACCGUUUGAUUUAAAUUUUAUGGGAACAAACUUCCCUGCUCCUCAGUCCAUUUUCCAUUAGAGGUGCUUUCAUUUAGCCAAAGCAGUGUGCAUCACUUUUUGUCUCCUUUAAUCACAGUUAAUUACAGCAAAAUAAUAAAAAAAAAAUACAAAAACAAACUAUGUAUAGGCAACAAACAAAAACUUUGUGCUUUGCUAUUAGUUUUCUGCAUCCUUGAGCAACCUAGCAGCUUGUCUCAUAACCACUGAAGUGGAUGUUAAAUGAAGAAAAUAUAAAUCACUCAACAACUCACUGCCRGUUUAACCUGUUGUUACCCCACUUAGAGGAAGAUUAAAAAAACUGACCACUGUGUGAAAGUACUGUAUAAAGCACUUUACACCACAAAUGAUAUGGCACUUAAAAUAUUGUCCUGGUGUUUAUUUGAUCCCUUUUUUUAUUAAACGUUCCCUCCCCGAGUAUGUGAAGAAAUAACAUGACUUCAAUUGUGUUAAAUGUUCUUAAAUAAAAUAAAUUAUCAUUAAUCAAGUGAACAGGUACUGUAUUUGUUWAUCACUGUGGUAAACUGCAGUAAGUAUGCGAUGUUCUUAUUUUUUUCUUCUUACCUUUUGUAACCUUCCACGUAUUUGUUCCUCAUAAAUUAAAUUUUUAUGGUCACACCCUCA